AUGCAACCUGGCGUCUUCCCGUAUCCAUUCGUGCUGGUGACCGCGCAUUGCUUCUGUUGCUCCUUCUUUGCUGGCAUCCUUCUUCUUUGCAAGCCAUCGCUGUUCCCGGCUUUGACGGAUCCAGACAGAAUGGUUGACAUCAGCCUGCAGUACUGCUUGAGGGAAAUACUUCCCAUCGCGGCCUGCUUUGCAAUAUCACUGGUGACGAGCAACAUGGCCUACAAGUACUGCACUGUAGCAUUUCUGCAGAUGAUGAAGGAGAGCAACAUAGUGACCAUCUACCUCAUGUCGGUUGCGGCCGGCAUCGAGCAUUUCUCGCUUGCCCAAUCUGUGAUCUUGAUUGCGAUGGUGUGUGCAACCUGGACUUGCAUCCAGGGCGAGUUGCACUUCUCACUCUUUGGCCUCCUUCUCCAAGCCAGCUCUUCCCUCGCGGAAGCGGCAAAGACCAUCUUUCAGUGUUUGGCCUUGGCGCACGGCUCUGGCAAGCGGCUGGAUCCGCUCUCGGCAGUACUGGUGAUUAUGCCUCUGUGCGGGCUUCUGCUGGCAAUGGUGAUCCUCUUCCAUUCCCAUGCCCCUUAG